CUGAACUAUUGUGGCAGUUGAUCAAUUGGACUUGUUCACUUCUCUGAUCGACAUACGACAGUCCAAUAACUAAGCCGGCAAAAACGAAUAAAAUAUUCCAUUGUUCAAAACUCAACGGUCAAAUGCCCACCCUUUCCCGAAGCCCAAUUUUCCCUAUUCCAUAAAACAUAAAUAUCUAAAACCUCACUACCUCCCAUUCACGUCUCUUUUCGUUUCCACGAACGGGCAUAAGAAAAAUCAUUUGAUCAAAAUGGACGGCUUUGAUCGUCUCCCGGACUCCCUCAUCCUUCUGAUCUUCAACUCCGUCUCUGAUAUCAAAACCUUGAUCCGCUGCCUCUCCGUUUCGAAACGUUUCAACUCACUCGUUCCGCAAACUGAAUCGUUAUUUCUAAGAGUCGAUCGUGUAAUUUCGCCUGACUUAGACACCGACUCGAUCCUCUUCGCCUUCUUCAAGUCGCUCCUCAAGUCUAUUCAUGACCUCUUCAACUGCGAUCAGAAGCCCACCGCAACACUAACCCUAACUCAAAAUUCCCCCGCCCAAAUCCUCUGUCGAUUCGAUCGGAUCCGAGCCCUGCAAAUCGAACUACCGGCCGGUGACUUAAAAUUAGACAAAGGCGUUGUUAUCAAAUGGAGAGCCGAUUUCGGUAAGACGUUGAAGAGUUGCGUGAUUUUAGGUUUUCGCACAGCGGCAGCAAAUUCAGAUGAUGACAGUGCUGAUGUGGAUUUCGAUGUUGCCGAAGGUUUGAAGGCGAGAGUAGUGUGGACGAUCAGUGCGUUGAUUGCAGCAUCGGCAAGACAUUAUUUACUAAAAGAGGUUGUGAAAGAACACAAGGAGAUGGAGAGAUUGGUAUUGAAAGAUAAGGAAGGGGAAGGGAAGGUGGUGAUGGACAAGGAGGGUUUGAGAGAGUGUAGAAUGGAGACGACGGCGCCUGAAAGUGAUGAGUGGGAAUGGGAGGCGAGCAGGACAAUGGUGCCGAGCGUGAGAAUGAGGAUGAGGCACAAGCGAAGAGUGCAACUCAAUAACGGGAGUUGGGUGGAAGGUGCGACAUUGGUUGUGGUCAGGCCUUCCGUCGGGAAGGAUGGUGAUGGUCGUAGUGAAGUUGCGGCAGCUGACGUGGAGGACGCUGAGCUGGCAACGACUGCUUUUGGUGGUGGGGUAUAUGGAGAAGCUGUACAGCUACUUCUAAAGAGUAAGGGAUAUUUACUGGAAAUGAACUCGUUUUAAUUAAUGCUAGGAGUUUGCAUAAAGUAUAAUUUUCAUUAACAGUCUUCACUCAGGAAAAAAUGUUAACACAUUGUUAUCGCUUAUGUAAAUAAGAGGAAUAAUUAUGUAUAUUAUUUUUAUUAACAGUCUUCAAUUAUAUUUAUCAAGAUUCUGUA